AUGUUAUACACGCUUUUCUGGGUCAUUUGUGGUGGGGAUUGAAAAGAACUACACUAUGUCUCUUCCAUUUUUUCAAUCCUACAAAUGCUGGAUUCUAUUCAUUUGUCACCAUAGUCACCAGCACCAGCUUGAGUGGUUGGCCCAAAUGACCGCAUUACUAGUCCACUGUCUACCGCCAAAUUUGUCCGAAAUGUCCUUGCCGUAAAGUAUCCAAUCUCAUUCAAAAACGUUUCUGACAUCCUAAAUAAGCCGAGUGCUGCUGUCCAAUGUGAAGAGGUUGAUCCAAUUCUGCAGAGGCUUACAGAAACACGCGCCAUUACAUUUUGUAGGUCUCCCACAGAGACAUGCUUUGUGGAGAGAAAAGACAUUACAGCAGCCCGGUCCAAUGUUGCUUCUUGUAGUAAAGCUUCGUCGAACAGACGUGAUAGGAAUAGAAGCUGAUUUGAGACCUUCUAUCUUCUUACAUUGGAUCACAGCUUGUCGAGUACAUACGUUCCUAUCUUUAGACUCGCUGUGUGCAGUUGGCAUCUUCGCAAUCAAACACCCGUCAUGCAACGCUCAUAGAGAAGUAGACGCAGGCGGCAGUAAGCGAUGAUGCCAUCUUCCGGUUUCCGUCCAAUAGGAAAGUCGUACAUUCGCAGAUACAAGCAACCACCCAUGCUCUGCUAACCAGUUGCUGAGUGAAGUCUGUAUAGGAGACUGUUGCUACAUCUGUGUAGGUAGGGAACGCUACAGAGGACCAACAUGGAAAGGGUAGGUGCGUUGCGAUAUUCUCUGGUACUCUUGGUGCUACUGCCCAUCGUCAACGCUGCCUUCUACCGCACACGACCACAAUCUACCGGGGUACUCGUGAACCAAACGGUCACACUGUAUUGUGCUUUUAACGGCCUGGGACCGUCGGAGGUAGUGAAUUGGUACUGGUACAACCCUGAAACGGACGACAAACUGUACCACAUUUCUGCCAGAGGCCGAGUCGCCUCCGAGUUCUCCAGACAUUCUAUCGUGGGGAGUUCACGGCGGGGUGAGUACAACCUGAGGAUACGGGAUGUCCAGCCUGCCGAUGAGGGGAACUACCGGUGUAGCGUCUUCACGGUACGGGACGCCGGCGAUGCCAGGCUCACCGUUGUAGAUGCGUUGGCUUCUCCGCCAAGUAUAGCUGGAAACCGUAAAUUAUACAACGUGGGUGAGGAGCUGAGACUUAAGUGCCGCUCGGAGGGAGGGAAGCCAUUAGCCCGGCUGAAGUGGUACAAUGGCACCAAGUUGUUGAAGCCAACAGAGGAAGUCAAGCGAACGGAACCCACCGGAGACACUGUGGAGAUAGAGCUCCAUAUCCUGUUCCUGACGAGAUGGGAGAAUGGGGCCAACAUCACGUGCCUGGCGGAUCAGGGGGUACCAGGAGUGUCACCAUCACAAGCGACCUCCGUACAGCUACAUGUUUUAUAUCCUCCAGCCGUCAUCGUGCCGGAAAGGUCUGUUGUCGCCCUGGAGGGGAGGAACGUGAGUCUGAGCUGUCUGUCUGAGGGGAAUCCUCCCGCUGAUGUUACAUGGAGGAGAGAUGGAGCAGCCAUUCCACAGGACGUCAUAAUAAGGAACUCGUCUCUGCUGAUACCCAGAGUGUCCCAGGCAGACGGAGGCUCUUACCUGUGCGAAGCCGAUAAUGGGAUCGGGCCGACCGGGACAGGACAAAUCACUAUGGAGGUCAUAUUUCCACCGAAGAUAAAGCCGACCUUUGACCAGGAGAUAAGCGUUCUGUAUGGACAAGACGUUUUUACUGUGGAGUGUUCGGCGGAGGGAAAUCCCAAACCGGGUGUGAGUUGGCGGCGGAGGGAUACAUACCAGCCAUACGACAACCCUUUGACUUUGUCGCCAUUGAACUAUCAGACGGAAGGAGUGUAUGUUUGUGUUGCAAAAAGUAAUGGAUUUCCCGAGAUCACAAGAGAAACGUACAUAAACGUUAUAGGCCGGCCAGAAGUUGUGAGUGAGCCAGCGUCAGUGUCCGCUGCCGGGGGAGACAUGGUAAAACUCACCUGCACAAUAGCCUCCGACCCUCUACCGGAUGACGUCAUCUGGGAACUGUCGGAGCAUGAUGGGAAAAAGCUGGAGUUCCGAACCGGGAAAGCUGGACGGAUCUCCGUCACAAAAACCAUUAUUACGGCAAACAGAGUACACAGUGCCUUAGUUAUCACAUCUGCAGAGUCUGCGCACACGGGAGAAUACGCCUGCACAGCUGCAAAUAUGUUCGGAAAGGACAGGCAACAGUUCAGUGUAUACGUCACUGAAGGCAGUUCUGAUGUCCUCCUGGUUGCUGCAGUCACCAUUGGAGUCGUGCUGGGGAUUGUAUUUGCUGUACUUAUCGUACUGUGCCUUAGAGCGAGAAAAAUGCCAGUCUGCUGUUUCUCUGACAGGGGUACAAGGUCGUGUGCUUUGAGUCCAUGUUGUUCCAGAUCUAACGACGGUUUUACUACAAAGCCACCUCUCGAUACAAGCUUGAAGAUAACACAAGAUCUGACCGCCACCCUUGAGCUGCAGAAACUGAAUGGUAUAUCCAAACAACGGUCCACUAUCAGUCUGGAUACUGUUGGCCUAUCCAGCCAAUUUCAAGAAGCGAAGAAGUUCGAGUAUGGAAGUCUUAAUACACACAGAAGAGGAUACACGGAGGAUACCAAGUACCAGAGACACUGUCCAUACUACAUCGGAGAACUAACACUAAGACAGGAGAGUAAGCGUUCUUCAUCGUGGAAGAGGAGACCUAGUACCGAGGGGGUUGUGGAGUCCAGAACUCUUGACUCCGGAAGUUUGGAUGUCCGAUCAGCAGCGGGCUGCCAGCUCCACACAAGAAUAGUGUAACGAUACGUCACUGCCCGUAUAUGUAAAGUGCAAUAAAGGUGACGUUGGAUCUGAUUGAUGAAGAGUUCAGGUGGGGAAUAUUUGCCUUGUGCGGCAGAACUGAUUUAUGGGUCAGCCCAGAUGAGCCCCGGAUAUGAAUAGUUCAAGGUCAGGGUAAUUACAAAUUUUCCGUCCCAUUUGUCCCGACCUUCAUUGACUGCAAUCUUUAAGGGUUACGGUGUGAGACGGAGAUUGAUGCCAGGGCGAUUUCUCACGAUCAAGACUGUCACUGAUUCCCAAAGCUGGUAUCCAGUUCAUGGUGUAUCCCCUCUGGACGGAGAUACGAGAAGAGGACGACUUCCUGUAGCUGUGAAGAAAUUGAGGAAAGGAGAAAACAUUAGAUUAGAGACUAGAACAGAAUCUGUUGUCUUCGUUUUUCACCUCAGUGUCUUACACAUUCGUGAUCUGCAUUACAAGAACUUAGUCAAUGUUUACUUCGUGAAUGUAAGUCCUUUUAGAUUUAAGAAAAUUCCCGAAUAAAGUGAAUAUAGGAAUUAAUAACUCUAACAGGAUAAUAUCCAGCUACUUUAACCCACUAAUAAUCCAGAUAUAAGAUGUAUAACUUCAACAUAUCAGCAACAUGUCAGCUACAGGAUUGUGAAUAAACCUUUUUUUCAUUAGCAACGUAAAUAUCUAUGUUAUCUAUGUUAAACAGACCCAGUGAUGCCAGAAGACGAUUUAAGUUUCAUACUUUUGUGCUUGUAUGUAUCAUACAAGGAUUACAGCAUCUGACAGAAAGCGUAGUUACAAUAAAUCAUAUCUAGCUAUUGCAUCUUGUGCGGGAAUUUAUAUCUGAUAUUUUCUUAUCCGAGAACAUUUCAUCUAGUCACGUGAUAUUUUCUCCUUUGGGUUAGAUUUUCAACAUGUGAUAGCCAAUAGUGGUCUUUGUACUGUCGACGAAGACAAUCCAAGUAGGAAUAUUGAUAUUUUUGUACCUUAUUACAUCAUGUUUGAUCAACAUAUACCAGUAGAAAAUAAAAAUUAUCAAACUUUG